AUGAAGACGAGAGCGGGCUCGACGAAGCCAUUGGUUUCUGCUGAUGGCGAGACGACGGCCAAGCCAGCUGCUGCUGAGCCUCCGAAGUUUUACAAGACACUGAUCCUCCCAUCCGCAGCCUCCGAAGACGCGCGAUUCAUCCAGCUUCAGGAUCCCCGGACGAGCAAACUGACCAGGUAUUAUUUUUGCCCGAAGCUGGGUGUGUUUGAGUUUACCUCGAUUUCACCUCCAUCCACCACACCACGAAGCUUCAUGUUCAUCAAUUCAAGGGAGAAAGACACAGAGGAGAAUGACACAGGACCAGAGGGACAGCCGGCGAGAGAAAAUGGGUUUAUUUCAAAGGCAGGUCAACUUCACGUUGCAACGCCUGUCGACAUUAUGUUUUUUAUUUUACCGAUAAUUGUGCCUUCUGGUCACAACUCAGGACGUGCCCUAUUCCAACCGCUAGACGAUAUAAUAGAUGCCAACGAGGAUAUUUCUCUUCACCUGCGGAAGGUUCUAUAUACCACGGAAUUCAGGGAAACUAUUGAAAAGAGGAUGGCGUCAGUGUGUGACACAAUUGACGGUGAUGGCAUAAUGUUCAGGUUCAGUGAGAAGAAGCUUAUGGAGGAGCUGCUCCUGAAGGCUGAGAGGAUGGUUAAGAACGGGCUUCCUGCUAGUCUCGAAGCUAAAUUUGUGCGUCAGGCACUAGAGCCCCCCAUGAUCGGUGCCAGCAAAUUAACAAGUGCGCAAUCAAACGACGAAACGAAUGACAACGAGAAAGAUGCCCAGCCCAUUCAAAGUACAAGCGAUUCUCAGACCUCUUUAGAGAUGACCACUACACAGACUUCACAAUCUACCGCCAUUACCGAGCCGACAGAUUCUCAAGAGGAGACGCCUCUGCCAAAAUCAAAUUAUAGCCCCGAAAUAGCUCAUCUUAUGCGCCUUCGAACCGCUUUCUCCUUUAUACAAACCUCCUACCUCCAACCUGAUCUGUCAGCAAAAAUUUCUGAAAUACUAAGCUCCUCAUCAUCUCCAACAGACUUCACAGCUCUAGAUGAGUACCUACACAACCUUGCCAAACUACGUGUAGAAGCCCAAGCGUCAAGGUCCAUGUAUGACAUGUCGAGAAGGAAACGGGGUUAUGAAGACGAUGAAACGGCUGAAGAGAAAGCAGAGAAGAGGAGAAAGGCACAAGAAGAUGAAAAGAAGAAGAAGGCGAGUGUGUCUCGGGGCGUAAGGGAUCUGAAGAAGGUUAAUACUUCAGGCAUGCAAAAGCUGUCUUCCUUCUUUGCCAAAGCGCCAGCAAAAAAAUGA